CGUGAAUGCAUCGUCGGAAGGGGGCGUGGCCUGUGCGAGCUAAGCUAAACAGAUUACAAAGUGAACAGACUAAGCGGCGCUAUUUUAAAGAGGUUACUGGCUAUAUUUUUAGAGCUGAGCCGCUGAAAUGACGACCCUGGACGACAAGCUGCUGGGUGAGAAGCUGCAGUAUUACUACAGCAGCAGUGAGGAUGAAGGCAGUGACAACGACGAUGAAGACGGGGAGAGGAAGACCAUCCGGGACGCGGGCGCCACCGAGCCCGACGUAGAGUACAGUGCAGACGGAAGUGCUGUCAACACAGGGCCGAAGGGAGUCAUCAACGACUGGAGGAAGUACAAGCAGCUGGAGGUGGAACAGAAACAGGAGCAGAAGAAAGAGAUGGAGAGACUGAUAAAGAAGCUGUCGAUGACGUGCCGCUCCGAUCUGGACCUGAAAAAAGACAAAGAGGAGGAGAAGAAGCUGCAGGACAAAAUUAAAAGCAAAAUGACCAUGCAGGAGUACAACAUGCUCCAGGAGGACGAGGACGACGAAGACUUCCUCCGGCAGUACCGAAUGCAGCGCAUCGAGGAGAUGCGCCGCCAGCUCUGCCGCGGGAAGCGCUUCGAGCGGGUGCAGGAGCUCGGCGGCGGCGAGGAGUUCCUGGAGGCGCUGGACAAGGAGGACAAGAGCACGCUGAUCAUGAUCCACAUCUACGAGCCGGAGAUCCCGGGCUGCGACGCCAUGAGGGGCAGCCUGCUGUGCCUGGCGCACGAGUACCCUCUGGUGAAGUUCUGCUGCGUGCGCAGCUCGGCCAUCAGCAUCAGCGCGCUGUUCAGGGAGAGCGCUCUGCCCGCGCUGCUCGUCUACAAAGGAGGGGACCUGAUCGGUAACUUUGUGCGGCUCACCGAUCAGCUCGGGGAGGACUUCUUCGCCGUGGACCUGGAGGCGCUCCUGCAGGAGUACGGCCUGCUGCCAGAGAAGCCCGCUAUGGUCCCAAAGACACUCAUCAAUGGAGCCAUCAUUCAGAGCAACGCGAGCGACGAGGACUCAGACCUCGACAUAGAUUAGGCCUCUAAAUAUCUGAUACUCUGCUUGGUAAAGCCGCACACCUAGUCUGCAUGGACCAUGUAUAUUUAUUUAUGUGAAGCCCUUGUUAGAGAUUCUGCCCUGACCUCACAGCAGCAAAGUGAAAAAAAAAAAGCAGGAGAAGUCAUUCACUUCAUGUCAUUCCAUUUUGAAUAUUUGGAUGAGGGUAAAAGUUACUUCUGAUCAUUUGUGUUUGUUGUUCGACACAUUCCGUUGCGUUCUUCAUGUCUUUUCAUCCAUGUUUCACUCUCGUGAAUAUCAAACCUUCACCUCCAGACUGACCUUCUUAGUUUUGUAACUUUUAUAUGUGCUGUACCCUCAAAUAAACUGGACUCAAAACA